AUGAAUAGCAGGUCUGUCCUGCCAGCUGCGUGCUCUCUCCCACCCAAAGGAAGCAGUGGAGACUCAGACAGCAAAGCCUGGAGUAGCCCACGCAGUCUCCCGGGCACUGAAAAGACACUUGGGGGAAGCAAGAUGGAAUCAGAGACAGAAACCAUCGACCUUCAACCUGGGAACCCCAACACCGGGAGCCAGCCCAUCAACCUGAAUCACUAUGCCACCAAGAAGAGCGUGGCGGAGAGCAUGCUGGAUGUGGCUCUCUUCAUGUCCAAUGCCAUGCGGCUGAAAACGGUGCUGGAGCAAGGGCCGUCGUCUCAAUACUAUGCCACCCUCAUCACUCUCAUCAGCAUCUCUCUGGUCCUGCAGGUCGUCAUCGGAAUCCUCCUCAUGGUCAUUGCACGGCUGAACCUGAAUGAGGUAGAAAAGCAGUGGCGACUAAACCAGCUCAACAAUGCUGCCACCAUCUUGGUCUUCAUCACUGUUGUCAUCAAUAUUUUCAUCACAGCCUUCGGGGCACAUAAGACAGGGUUCCUGGCAGCCAGGACCUCAAGGAAUCCUCUCUGAGCUCAGCUGGGGACCCAGCUGCUGGAUCUGGAGCUGCUCCUGCCUCUUUCCUCCCUCACCUGUCAGGCUGAUGGGCACUUUCCACAGCUCCUGGGAGCUCCUGAAAGGGCAAUGUAGAUGCCUGCUUCCUACUACAGCACCCGAGUGAAGAUGGGAUAUUUUACUGGUCUAAGUGAAUUCCAUCUUAGUCUAGAGUCCUGAGCUCAGACUGGGGUAGUGCCAACCUUUCCUCUUGGCAGCACCUGCACCUGACGCAUGUCAACUUAAGGCCAAGUCCACCAGCUUAAGGGCUCUCGUUCUGACUCUACUCCAUUCCUUCCCUUUGCCCCAUCCAUCCCCAGGCCUAUUUUCCCAGGUAAAAUGGAAUGAUUUCUAUCUAUAAAGGGAUCUGCAAAUCCACUGAAGUCAACCUUUAUGUCUUUAGUUGCAUCUAAGCUGCCCUCUCCAUCUGUGUCCUGGCAAGGGCUCAAAGCAGCAAACUCCAAGCCUGGAAGGAGAAAAGGCUUUUACAUCACUCCCUCUCCUCUGGGUUGUUCUCUGAGUCAACUUCUCAGGCCCCACAUGCCUUGGGCCAAUUACCAUCUGCUACACCAAUGGCAGAUUUGUCAGUUCUAGACUGAUGUGUGUCCGCACACUCUUCAAAACCUCCCAUAAGCCUGUCUGAGCUUUCAUGUUAGCGCCUUGUCUUAGGCAUGUGUUU